GUGAAAUUAAAACAAUGCCCCAAAUCAAUUUGUUCUUCUUCUUUAAAACACACGCACACACACACACACAAAAUCACACACAACUCACACAUCACACGCCUCCCUGCUGCCCUCUCCCUUCUCCGGCGGUGGAAGCCGCCGCCCCCUGACGCCCUCGCUCUCUCUCUUCUUCUCCCUCUCUCUCGUCUCUCACACGACAGCACACACAAUCAGGCGCCCUCUCUUCCCCCAACCUUAGAUCCCCAAUCCCAGCCACCGCCCCUUCAAAUCUCCGGCGACUGCACAACCAUAGGCUGCCGCCGCCGAGCUCCAGAUCUCCCUGAUUUCAGGCACUCUAAUCGCGGCUCUUGGCCUCGAUUCCCGACGACCAGCAGCUAAUUGCCGCCGUCGUCGCCACCCUGCCUCCCUCCAUCUCCCUAUUUCUCCUUCUCCCUCUGUAAAACCCAAGAUCCCCAAUCUCCACCACGGCCGACAACAGCAGCUCGAAGCCACAGCAUAAAUCUCCAAGAACCUUGCAGAAGGAUAAUUUGAUUUAAAGUCAAAAUGGAGAUCGAUAAGGCCAUAAGAGAAAGUGAUGAUACAAGGUUGAAGACAAAGUACAACAAUGCCGUCUACGUAAUCCAAAGAGCUCUUGCUCUUUACUCUGUUGAAGAGGUUGCCUUCAGCUUCAAUGGUGGAAAAGAUUCAACUGUUUUGUUGCACCUUCUUAGGGCAGGCCAUUAUUUGCACAAGGUUGGAAAGAAUCCGUCCGCUGCAGAUACUGAAAUAACAUUUCCAAUACGGACCAUUUAUUUUGAGAGUUCUUCGGCUUUCCCUGAAAUCAACUCAUUCACUUAUGACAUAGCAUCUAUUUAUAACUUGCAGAUGGACAUCAUUCGCCUAGAUUUCAAGUCAGGCUUGGAGGGCCUUUUAAAAGCACAUCCUAUUAGAGCUAUUUUUCUAGGUGUUCGAAUUGGUGAUCCAACUGCUGUUGGGCAAGAGCAAUUCUCGCCGAGUUCACCUGGAUGGCCGCCUUUCAUGAGAGUGAAUCCCAUCUUGGAUUGGUCAUACAGAGACGUUUGGGCCUUUCUCUUGACUUGCAAGGUUCAAUACUGCAGCCUAUAUGAUCAAGGUUACACUUCAAUUGGUAGCAUUCACGAUACAGUUCCUAAUGCACUAUUGUGCCAUAGCAAGACAAAAGGUAACGAACAGAAUUACAAACCUGCAUAUCUGCUUUCCGACGGAAGAUUGGAAAGAGCAGGGAGGGUUAAAAAGGGCACUUUUAAGCCAUCACCUGCUGCUAGUAAUGGCUUUAAGCAUGAUGACUCACAUUUGAAAAGAAAUUUUACCGCCUCGGUUAUUGCUGUGGGAGAUGAAAUUCUGUUUGGCACUGUCGAGGAUCGGAUGAGGUCCAUACUGUGUAGAAAGCUCCACUCUGUUGGGUGGGCUGUUUCACAUAUUUCUGUUACCCGAAAUGAUAUUGAUUCUGUAGCAGAUGAAGUUGAGCGGCUAAAGUCGACAAGUGAUAUGGUUUUCAUAUAUGGAGGGGUCGGCCCACUGCCCUCAGAUCUUACUGUAGCUGGUGUUGCUAAAGCAUUCAGUGUCCGGAUGGCCCCUGACGAAGAAUUUGAAGAAUAUUUGAGGCAUAUACUAGGUGAAAGGUGCACGGGAGAUAGGAACGAGAUGGCACAGUUGCCCGAAGGCAUCACCGAGCUGCUGCAUCACGAGAAACUGAGAGUCCCUUUGAUUAAGUGCCAAAAUGUGAUAAUUCUUACUGCGACGAAUGCCUCUGAGCUGGAAAAUGAGUGGGAUUGCUUGAUCGAGCUGAUGCCAUCUGACGGACUUCUAGUAAUCACCGAACCAUUUGUUUCAAAGAAACUGGCAACAACACUUUCCGAUUUAGAUGCUGCUCAGCCUCUGUCUGAAAUCUGCUGUAAAUUUCCUGACCUCCACAUUGGGGCGUAUCGCGAAUCAAGAGGAGGCUCUUUGAUCAUAACAGUCAAAGGAAAGGAUAUAUCAAGAAUUUCAACAGCUGCUGAUGCAUUAUGCAACAAGUUUGGUUGUAAGGAAAUUGAAUGACUUCCAAAUGUUGUGGAGAAUUACACUUUCCUCCCCUGGAGUUUCAGAAUUAUGAAAAUCCUCCCCACAUUUGACAUCUGCUGUAUUCUGUUGACCUUGGCAUCUAAGGAUUUGCUUUUGAUAUCUAAUACUUGAUCUAAUGAAUACAGUUGCCGUUUCAACAGCCAUACUUGAGGGAUUUAUUGUAAUUUAAUCAAGUCUUUUACGCUCUAAA